CAUUCACCACUCCUUUUUUAAGUUUUCGUCGGUUCUUCUAAAUAUGUUAAAAAACCUUUAAAAAAAGAAACUAAAAUUAAAAGAGUAUUAGUGAAAGACCAAUAAGCAGUUGCAUGGACCCUGAUUGAUUCAUUACCGCUAAUACUUUGUCUGAAUCCUCCAUUCCUAUUUAUACCACUCUCUUCUUCUUCUCCAGUUUCAUCACACACAGUCACACACUAUAAACUUCUCACAUCUCCAUCUUGACGAAAUCACCCUUCUGCUUCUCUCUCUCUCCUUUGCAUGUUGUGAUUUGCUUUGCUUCACAACAUGGGUGUUUUAGUAAUCUCCGUUCUUGUGGUUCAGCUCCUAGUGUUUUCCGUUUGCGUUCAAGGCGCUUACCGUCGUGGCGGCGGCCACCAUCCUGGCGGCCACAUGGGACCUUGGACCAAUGCUCAUGCCACUUUUUACGGCGGCGGUGAUGCUUCCGGGACUAUGGGUGGAGCGUGCGGGUACGGGAAUCUAUACAGCCAAGGUUACGGACUAGAGACGGCGGCGCUGAGCACGUCGUUAUUCGAUCAGGGACUUAGCUGUGGAGCGUGUUUCGAGCUGAUGUGUGUCAACGAUCCUCAAUGGUGCAUAAAAGGCCGAUCCAUUGUGGUCACCGCCACUAACUUUUGUCCUCCUGGUGGUGCAUGCGACCCUCCCAACCACCAUUUCGAUCUUUCUCAGCCGAUCUACGAGAAAAUUGCUCUGUACAAGUCCGGAAUCAUUCCUGUUAUGUACAGAAGGGUUCGGUGCAAGAGAAGUGGAGGGAUAAGGUUCGCGAUCAACGGCCAUUCAUACUUUAACUUGGUGCUGGUCACAAACGUGGGUGGAGCCGGGGACGUACACUCGGUCUCGAUGAAAGGGUCGAGGACAAGAUGGCAAUUAAUGUCAAGAAACUGGGGACAAAAUUGGCAAAGCAACUCUUACCUCAAUGGUCAAAGUCUGUCGUUUGUUGUCACCACAAGUGAUCGUCGAAGUGUCGUCUCGUACAAUGUUGCACCUUCCAGUUGGUCCUUUGGCCAGACCUACACCGGAGGGCAGUUUCGUUAUUAAUUAUACAUUAACCGGUUCGGUUUGGUUAUGUAAUGUUUUUUUUUUCCGGUUCCAAGUUGGGGACUCUUUUUUGGUAACCAAUUGAGAUUGGGACUGAUAGUGAUAUGUAGCGAAUAUGUGUGGGAACGAGAGAAAAGAGAGAGAUAUAAUUCUCUUGUUAUAAUAUAAGAAAAUGAAAGUGAUGUUAUGUAUUUGCUUUACUUAA